GGCCUCCCUGCUAGAUCGUUCAAGAUGCAUAGAGCCUGCCCAAUAGAGCGUACAAAUGGAACAGAACAAGGCAGCAGAUAUCCGCCCCACACUCAUCCACACAACACACGAAUCCCCCCAAGAAACACCCCUCGACGCCCGCUCAUCCAUCCAUCACAAAUGCCCCCGGCACCAGAGUGAUACCUCCCGUCCCGCCCCCCUGCAGCCCACCACCUCUCGACCUCGCCCCAGGCGCUGGCGUCAGCACCAUCCGCUGACGCCCCUUCUUCUGCGCUUUAGUCAGCCGCAGGGGACCAUUCCGCCGCCUCCGUGAUGAGGGCGGUGGGGCGCGCGACGAUGCAUCGUCAGCUGUGAUGGAGGGAUCGGGCGGGUCGGGCGCCAAGUCGCUGGUGAGAUGCUCCCACUGCUGCUGCUGCUGCUGCUGGAGGACGGGAAAAUCGGCCUGGUGGGCGUCAGCCAUCAUGGCUGGUGCGGCUGGCGCUGCUGGUGCGUUGUCGUCGCACACCAUCUCUGCCGCCUGUGCAGGCCAGAGCGGGGCAUUGGCCACGUCCAUCGCCGGUGUUGCCGCAGCGUGUCCAUGUCCAUACCCGUCCGGCCAGCCACACGCCUCUGCUGCGUGCUGCGGUGAGUGCGCAGCGAAGUAUUGGGGUGGGAUGGGGGGCGGGGGAUGCGGCGCACAGUAGUAGGGCAGCGGGGUGGUGGGCGGCAGCGGCACGGGCAAUGGCGCAUGCGGGUGGGGCAUGGCAGCAGGGGAGGCGGUAAGGUCUUCCUCCGGCUGUUCUCGGUGCUGGUUGAGGAAGCGGAUCAUGUCGUCGUGCGUCAGGCGACGGGCUCCGCCACCACGCAAUAAGCCGGUUGCCUCGGUGAGCUCCUCAUCAGAAGACGCCUACAUACAACCACGCACAUGACAAGUGGACGUGUGCAGACUGAUGGACGUACCACGUGUGCGAGUCUCUGGAGGUAUUUGAGGAAGAGUUUUGCGUCGUGCCACAUGGCCUCGAACUCAGGCAGCAGCUUCUUCAGCAGUCCCAUCAACUUGCUCUGCAUACAACACACAGACACACGGAUGUCAUGACCCAUGCGCAUGUGUACUUUUUUGGAUCUCUGAUCGCCCGCUCACCAUGGAGAAGACCUUUGGCCCCCAUGUGUUUGCGUAUUCCUCCGAUGUGAGCUUCAUGAGCUCCAGGAAGCGCAUGACGUCCUGCGGGCCCCUCCCGCCCAACUCCAUCUCGCCCCCACUGCCCUCCUCAAGACCACCUAUGUAACUCCGUAGCAACACGUGAUAACCUAGUCGACACACACACAAAAAGAGAGAAAGGGAGAAAUGCAGAGGCAUUGCGUGUGCGGCCAUCGCGGCCGUUGGUGUGUACGUUUCGAGUAUCUGAAGUUGGUAGGGAAGAUGGUGUGGUUCCUGAAGAGCGGCAGCAGCAGGAACAGGAGGCAGAAGUCCUCGUAGGUGAAGUUGAGGAUGAUCAGGAAGUGCGCCCCCGGCUUGAGGAAGUGCGUGAGGGUCAGCCAGAUGGCGUGGCUGCGCAGCUUCGUCUCCUCCAGGUAGAUCUCAGAGUCGCCCUUGCCGCGCUUCCGGGGGGCGUGGAUCACCGCACCCAGAUGCACGAUGUCAUACCCACCAACAGGACCUAUACAUACACACACAGAUGGUGGCCAUCCGUGUGUGCCUCUGUGUGUGUACGUGUGUGGUGUUCUCGCAUACUUGGGCUCUGCUCGAUUUUCUGUCGGUUGACGUCCACCGGGUCAGUGAGGUCGGCGUCGAUGACGGUCAUCCGGUCGUGUGCGUACUUCAUGUUGACGCCGCCUUUGGGCCGCACGGGCAGUGUCAGGGCCGUCACCGACUGUACCGAACAGUCCUCGAGCCAAAACUUACAGCAACCACCUACACAGACACACCCACACACCGAACUCGUUUUGCAUCGGGAAGUGUGUGUGAGGGGCGAGGGCGCUGUCACCUGGUGCUGCGCCGAGCUCGAGCACGUGUGCGUUGAAGGGUAUCUCGUUCUUCAGCAGCCCCCCGUCUCGUUUGAAUGCCCGCAUGCCCUGCUCGUAGAUGUAGUAGUAGGCCUCGAUGGACACCUCGGGCGACAGGUCGUUGUUGGGGCAGUUGUUGGUCGAGAACUGGUGCUCUGACCGAUCAUUGACACACACACAGCCACAUAUCCGUAUGAUGUAUGCUCCUCCUCUACUUUUCUCUCAUUUCCGCACCUCUGUAUUUCCAUAUGGCCUGCACACACGGAUCAUUGCGAUUGGCCAGCUCGGCGGCCCUCAGGGACCGGAACGCCUCGCUAAGUUUGAGAGUCUCGGCGAAGAACUCAUCCUUGAAGGGUUCGCGUGGCUUAUUCCCCCUUGGUGCGGCCUGCGUACCUGCACACGCAUUCAGAGAAUAAGGCAGCGGGUGUCAUCGGGUGCACAGGUCUCUCGAUCGCUCACCGUCUGCCACAUCUGGCGUCGGCAGCAGUGGAGGCAGCUCGCCAACGCCCGCAAGAGACUCACCAACCACCCCUCCACCACCCACAGCGUAGCCGGAUCCCUCCCAACCAUAUUGCUCCCACCCAUGGGGUGACCAUCCAGCAGCAUAGUAGUCCCAGUGGCCGUGUGUGUGCGGGGCGGGCGCAGGGGGAGGGGGACAGGGAUGACUGGGCUGAGGCGGCACCGGAGCUGGCACAGACAGGUGAUGGUGCACGUAUGGAUGACAUAAGAAGUCGCCACCGGCAUCAGCAGCAGAUGGUGCCGACAACUGCCAUAUCUCCUCGCUCACACAUGGCGGUGGGUAGACCACCUGCGGCUGUGGCUGAUGGUGAAGGAGAGGGAUUGGCUGUGGAACGAGAUGGUCCUCACCGGAUAGUGCUGUCCUGAUGCGCUUCGACUCCUCGGUGUCACAGACAUCCACGUCGGCCUUCCGUUUCAGCACACAACCGCCUCCGGAGGUGGCUGAAUGGCCGAUGGGCGAGGGAGAGGGAGAGGGGGAGGGAAAGGGGAACAUCCGAUCAACCAACAAUAGCAGUCCAGUGCGUCAGCUGCAUCGAACAAACAUCUGAUGAGAUGGGCAUAGGGAACAUCUCAUCAG